CUCUGAGGAAGGCAGGGUUUUGGGGGCAUCUUGCGCUCGCUGAGGGGGCACCUCGGGAACAACGGCGGAAGGAGAUAAUCGCAGCACCAACCUGCUGGCUGCAGAGACUGCAAGUCUGGAAGAGCAGCUGCAAGGAUGGGGAGAAGUGAUGCUGAUGGCAGAUAAAGUCCUCCGAUGGGAAAGAGGCUGGUUUCCACCUGCCAUCAUGGGUGUGGUUUCUUUGGUGUUUCUGACUGUCUACUAUCUAGAUCCAUCCGUUUUAUCAGGUGUUUCCUGUUUUGUUAUGUUUUUGUGCUUGGCUGACUACCUUGUUCCCAUUCUAGCGCCUAGAAUUUUUGGCUCCAAUAAAUGGACCACUGAGCAACAGCAGAGAUUCCAUGAAAUUUGCAGCAAUCUAGUAAAAACUCGACGCAGAGCUGUGGGCUGGUGGAAACGCCUCUUUACGCUAAAGGAAGAAAAGCCUAAAAUGUACUUCAUGACCAUGAUCAUUUCUCUUGCUGCAGUUGCUUGGGUAGGACAGCAAGUCCACAACCUCCUUCUCACCUACCUGAUAAUGACUUUCUUACUCUUGCUUCCUGGACUAAACCAACAUGGAAUCAUCUCGAAGUACAUUGGAAUGGCCAAAAGAGAGAUAAACAAGCUUCUCAAACAAAAAGAAAAGAAAAAUGAAUAA